GCAAAAAAGGCAGAAAGCAAACAGACCUACUAUUUUGAAAGAUAUUUUGACAUUCAUAAAUAAAUUGAGUUCUUGAAGAUUAAAAAUCUGUGUUUUUCAUAUCAUUUUUUUUUAUAAAAUCAAGUAGCUAUGGAUAUAGGUGAAUUGUUAUCAUUCAAGCCAGAACAAACCCCUAAACGUUCACACGACGACGACAAUGAUUUCUCUGAAUUAUCCACUAACAGAAAAGAUGAAAAAUCCAAAAGAAUGCGUCGCAUUGCCCAAGCCAAAGAAGCCGCUGACUUUGUCAAACCUGAACCCAUCCCUCUAAAUGCUGAACUCCAACUAACUGAAGAAGAAAAGAUGAAUAUAGUCAAAUUUGUGGAGAAUGAAGAGGUUGAUGGCGAUGUCUUGGACGAAAUCGGUUUAAAGAAACUUAUUCUUCUAUUUGAGAAAAAAAAUCUCAAAAACCAAGAAAUGCGUAUUAAAUUUCCAGAUAAUCCUGAAAAGUUCAUGGAAAGCGAAUUAGAUCUUCACACUCUUGUGCAAGAUUUGAAAGCUGUUGCAACUGUUCCCGAUUUAUAUCCGGUUCUUGUCGAGCUGCACGGAGUUCCAAGUAUUUUAGAACUUUUAGCUCAUCCAAACACAGAUAUAGCAGUAGCUGUGGUGGAUCUGUUACAAGAACUAACAGAUGUUGAUAUUUUGGGGGAAAGUGAUGAGGGUGCUGAAGUUCUUUUGGAAGCGCUUCGAAAGCAACAAGUAUGCGCUUUGCUAGUUCAAAAUCUAGAAAGACUAAAUGAGACAGUAAAAGAAGAGUCCGAUGGCGUCCAUAAUACUCUAUCUAUUAUUGAGAAUCUCACCGAAAUGAACGCCAGCUUCACUAGAGAAGCAGCCGAACAGGGUCUUAUGGCGUGGAUUCUCAAGCGCCUAAAGCAAAAGACUCCCUUCGACCAGAACAAAUUGUACUGCAGUGAAAUAUUAUCCAUACUAAUUCAAACAGACAAUGGCAAUCGCCUGCAAUUGGGUGAUUGUGAAGGUAUUGAUGUUCUCCUGCAACAAUUGGCUAUAUACAAACGUCAUGAUCCAGCUUCAACAGAAGAACAAGAGUUCAUGGAGAACCUCUUUAAUUGCUUGUGUUCGGCAUUGAUGGCGAAGGAGAACCGCGAGAGAUUUCUAAAGGGUGAAGGUCUACAAUUGAUGAAUUUGAUGUUGCGUGAAAAGAAAAUGUCUCGCAAUGGGUCUUUGAAGGUUCUUGAUCAUGCAAUGUCGGGGCCAGAUGGAAAAGAAAAUUGCAACAAAUUCGUAGACAUUCUUGGGCUAAGAACGAUAUUCCCGCUUUUUAUGAAAACACCUAAAAGAAAUAAAAAACGAUUGUUGAGUGCAGAUGAACAUGAGGAGCAUGUUGUAUCGGUAAUUGCGAGUAUGCUAAGGAACUGCAAGGGUGCCCAAAGGCAACGAAUGCUGUCAAAGUUUACAGAAAAUGAUCAUGAAAAAGUUGAUAGGUUACUGGAAAUGCAUUUGAAGUAUUUAGAGAAGGUAGAGGCGAUUGAUAGAGAUAUUGAUCAACAACCUAAGAAUCCUGAUUUUGAUGAAGAGGAAGAAGCAGAAAAUAACUACAUUAAGCGAUUGACUGGUGGGUUGUUCACGCUCCAACUAAUUGACUAUAUUAUUCUUGAAGUGAGCACAACGUCUGAUACAGUUAAACAGAGAGUUUGCCAAAUUUUAAAUUUGCGAGGAGCAUCAAUGAAGACAAUCAGGAAUAUAAUGAGAGAAUAUGCCGGAAACCUUGGUGACGACGGGGACCAAGACAAUGAAUGGAAAGAUCAAGAGCAAACUCAUAUUCUGUCAUUGGUAGACAGAUUCUAAAAUAGUAUUGUGUACAAAUGAAAAUAUAAAAUUAAAGAAUUACAAUAACAAAA